UUAAGUUGUUGUUACGCUUACCUUUAAAACGCACAUGCGUUACGCUGAAUAUUAUUUUGUUAAUUUCAUCACACCUUUUAACGCAGGCAGAGUAAUUGAAAACUUGUAAAAAAAAAAUAGCAUAUACAUAUUAAAAGAAAAAAUUUGAAGUGAUUUUGUGUUUUCUAAUAAAUCUUUAAUAUAAUGGACAAGAAUUUGUUGCUAGAACGACGUUAUAGUUUUAAUAGUUUUAAUGUAUCAUCACAGAUGCUUCCCGGGGCAGAAUCUACUCGUCUUAACUCAAAUGCCAACUCACAAAUGUCUAACAGCUUUCCGUGGGGAAUUUGUGAUAUAAGCCCAAGAAAAAGUAAGGACAAAUCUACAUUUGCGUACAGUAAUUCAACAAUGGGAGAAUAUAAAGCGAGAAAUUUGCUUAGAGAAUCAUCACGUUCGCAGAAUAAUAUUUCAAAAAUUGAUUCCAGAAUUUUUGCAGAUGUUCAGAGUAAGGGUUUAGCUUCGCGUAUUGUAAAGUACCACGAAAACGAAUCGCGCCUAAAUCGUAAUAUGUCAGCCUAUAAUCUCUAUAUCAAACCAGGACAAUUUCCAGUGGUUAAUUUAAAUAAAUCCCAGCUACCUUUACGAGCUACAAAACAAACAGUUUCAAUGACUUACAUUGCCCCUCCAGAUAAACCUGCUUUCCAUGGCAAUACAAUAUCAAGCCUUUUGCGAUCGAGUUCGGUUGUAGGUUUGCAUAAAAGCGACGAAGAAAUAUCACGCGAGAAUCGGCCAAUUAUCCAUCCGCCUCCUACGGAAAACGACAUGGCUCCUACACGCAGUGUUCUCGAAGUUUUAAAAGAGAUAUCGCGCAAACGUAUUAAUAAUGAGGAUUCUACACUUAAUGAAACUAAUAAGAAACAUUGCGAACGCUCGGGAAACGAUACCAUAGAUAUAGCUAGUGGUGGCCAACCAUUAAAUCAAAAUCAAGAUUCUAUAUCUACACAAAGCUACAAAAGGCAACGAGAUGGCAGUGUGAAUUAUUGUCGCACAACAAUACCUGGCGGCCCAUCGUCGCCUGAACAAGUGAAAAAGCGCUUGUGUAGUUAUAAUAAUGACAUUACAAGUUCUCUCAGCUCAAGUAUGAAACGCAAGCUCUAUGACCCCAAGCAGUAUUCUGAAAAACUAAGUCGAACUUCACCGACAUUUGCGGACAAUUGCGAGAUUCAGAAGAGUAAGAUACAAAAACAACAAGGUUCUUUUGAUGUGGAAAUUAAUAAUCGUAUAAAAACAGCAAGUAACGAUGCAAAAUCGGUCAUUCCCAUAACGCCGAUACCGGCCACUCCUACAACUCAAGAUCACGACCUGAACAGUAUGGAAUUACAACGUAAUAAUUUAGAACGCUCUCCUUCCUAUCGAAACACUGAUAUAAUAAAGGACCGAAAGCAACUUGCAGAAAAUAUCGAAACUAAUAAACCACGCCUAACUUUGUUCAAUAAGACGUACGAAAACAGUAAUGCCGAUAAUACGUUGACUAAUAAUGCAGACUAUGACGAUUGUGUGGGCAUACAAUUUGUAAAACCGAAAAAGACAUGUUCUAUAAGUAAUAUAAAAAAUCCAAUCAUUGAAAGAACUCAAAAAUCGAAAUUGGCUCUGAUGUUGUGUGGUUUGAAAGGCGAAAUUUAUCAAGGGCAUAAUGCCGAAGAUCAUAUAGAUUCUGGCAAAACUGAUGGAGAGUCAGAAAUUAAACGCGUUGAGGAAUCAAAUGAUACAAUGGCGAGCUCCUCUGCCAACAAAGAUCCUGUAACCUCGGCAGGAGCGGCAGAGUCUUCUUCAACAGCAGUGAAUAGUUUAGAGGCGACAGGAACCGAAUCUAUAGGUGCCACCCCUCAUUUAAUAAUGCCAACGUCAAUAGUUACUGCGCCAGUUGCUACGUCAAUUGUCACAGCAGCAGUUACUUCUCCAAAAAAACCCACCACUACCACCUCACCGCUAGUUGGAAUAAAACUAACACCACAAAGUAGUAACGUUAGUAGCAAUACACCGACUGCUGCUAUUGCAAUAAAUGUCUCCGACGAUGUAGCAAAACUCCCGACAAUACCACGACUUGGAGGUUUUAACUUUAGUUCUGCAUUAAAUAAGGCAACUGCUAAUAUUACUACUACUAUUUCAACAAAGCCCACGUUUACUUCGCCAUUAACUGGUAUAAAGUCAACCCCACAAAAUUUUAAUACUGAUAGCAUCACGACUACAGCGUUAACUACUCCCGUAGCGAUGUUAUCAACGACACCAAAGUUGUGUGGUUUUAAUAUCAAUUCAGCGCUUAAUGGCGCUAUUGACAAAAACGAGGUUAUGUCUAAUAAUCCACCUAUUUUUCCAACAACUACUACAACUACAACAAUGGCUACUACAAACUUAAAUAUUGGUUUCGCGCUCAAUUCUGUUGACACCUUAAAACCUAUUACAACUUUGGCAAAAGAUAUUUCAACAACAACAGAAUCAUUAGUUAUCAAUUCCAAUGCUUUUUGUAAUAGUAAUUCAACACCUACAUUUAGUUUCGGCCUUGGUAAUCAGAUGUCCAAUACGUCACAAUCCUCGAACAUAACGUCCAAUUUGUUUAUGAAUAGUCCUUCAAAUCCUUUAACACUAACAAGCACACAAGCUAGCGCCGCUUCACUGACACCGUUUAGUUUUGGUUCUAACAAAACUACGGAGCAAGGAAUUAGUCCUUCGGCUGCAACUGUGACUACAAGGGCUUUUAAUUUCAAUGCGACGCCAAGCAACGCAGUAAGCGCGCCCCUUACCACAUCUGUUUUUAGCAGCUCGCAAACAAUUGCAACACCAAAUAAUGAUUCCAAGCCAACAUUUUUCUUUGGUGCGCCUCCCAGCGAAGUGACCAACGCAAAAGCAUUAACACCUACCGUGACAUCUUCCGAUAGCUUUAGUUUUGGUUCAGCACAAAGCGUUGUCCCUACUGCUAAAACGCAACCCAAUGUUGUACAGAAAAGCUUUUCUUUUGGUUCUCCUGCUCCCGUUGUCAAUAACGCUGAAACCAAAACUUUCAGUUUUUUCAAUACUGGAACUUCAAAAAUUAAAACAACGGGUGUUUCUACCGUAUGCAGCACACAAACAACAACAACAACAACGGCAACAAUAGCAACACCAAAAACAUCAACAUUAUCAAGUUUAACGUUUCAGCCAUCAAAACCGUUAUUCGGUUCUUCUACAUCUCUAAACUCGCAAACGUCAGGAACAAAUAUUGAAAGCGCACAUUCCAGGAACCCUUCUAUAUUUGCUUCGCCAAUGACAAAUCAAAAAGCAAUAGUUUUUGGUUCAUCAAAUAAUCCAUUGGCCAUAAAGAAAGACGAAAACCUGACUUUUGAUCCCAACGCCGUAAUUAAAGCACCAUCAAUUUUUGGCGCACCAUGUAAUCUAUUUGCACCAAAGAAAGAUGAGGUCCCGAUUUUCGGUUCAAGUGCUACAAAUCAGACACCAUCACUUUUCAGUUCACAAAACAAUCCAAUAGUAUCCAAAAAAGAUGAAAAAGCGCCCGUAGGUUCCAAUGCAGCAAAUCAAACAAUAUCAAUAUUCGGCUCAUCAAAUAACCUAUUGAAACCUACAAUAGACGAAACACCAACAUUUGGUUCUAUGGCAUCAAAUCCAACCGCAACUAUUUUUGGCGCCUCCAGCAAUUUAUCGUUACUUAAAAAAGAUGAAACACUAUCAUUUGGCUCUACGGCGGUGAAUCAAACAUCUUCACCUUUCGGAUCAGCAAAUAAUCAAUCAAUAAUUCCAAGCUUUAGUUCUAGUGCUGAUAAAAUCGCCAACAGGCCGUUUACUUUUGGCAGUACAUCUGCAGGCACUGGAACGUUUGCAUUUGGAAACCAAUCCAAUAGCACAUCAGUGCCCGACUCCAAAACAGAAAACAAUACGUUUGCAUCCUUGUCCGCAAACAGUACAACCUCACAACCAAAUACGGUAUUUGCCUUUGGUAACGGCCCUUCAUCAGGAAACCUUUUCGGAAGUACUACAAAGUCGAAUGAAACACCUACACCUUCUGGUAAAGGUUUUACCUUUAAGGCGACGACUACCGAGGCCUUAACGAAUAUGUUCCCUUCUCCCGUUGCCGCAACUAAAACGGCAACUACAGCUUUUAAUACCGGUGCCGCUGCAUUUCGAAAUACUUCUGCCUCUGAUAGUGCCCUAAAGUCGGCAAAUAACGUUUUUGCUGCUCCCACAGAACAACGGCCAAUACGCCGUGCCACAAGGCGUUUGCAAAAAUGAUAGUAAAUUUUCUUAAAAAACAAAAAAAAACAACAACUAAUUUUCGCACUGACGAGUUAUUUUCUAAAUUUG